UCUGGAAGGGGCGGCAGGGGCAGCAUGGCGGGCAAGGGGCAGUCCUAAUUUUGCAACCCCAUCCUCCAAAGUCUGGGGAUUCUUAUUUCUCCGGUUCUGUCUUGACCAGGUCUUGCCUUCCUGCCUCGGCGCAGGACGGCCAGAUGGAGAGCUGCCAGGCAGCGGGCUGCGCUGCGGGGCGAGCAAAACACACUCUGGACCCGGCCUGUUGUGAGUCAAUGCUGCAUAAUGGGACUAGACGGUUUCAUGAGGCCUAAUCUGUCGGCGUUAUUUUUUUCGUUUUUUCGAGGGUACAGGAGAUGAGCUGCUGAUUUUCGAUUUGCUUCACACAUCCAUAAUCACAUGGUGCUACAGAAGGAGCCCGCAGGGGCAGUGAUUUGGGGCUAUGGCAUACCGGGAGCCACAGUGACAGUGACUCUUCGUCAAGAUCAGGAAGUCAUCAUGAAGAAAGUGACUCCUGUGAAAGCACACUCUAACACCUGGAUGGUGGUGCUGGACCCCUUGAAGCCUGGCGGACCUUAUGAAGUCCUGGCACAGCAGACUUUCAGGAGAAGGAACCUGACCCUCGGCGUUCACGAUGUCUUAUUUGGAGACGUCUGGCUUUGCAGUGGGCAGAGUAACAUGCAGAUGACGGUCUCCCAGAUAUUUAACGCUACCAGCGAGCUGUCCGACACGGCCGCCUAUCAGUCCGUCCGCAUCCUCUCGGUGUCUCUGGCUCAGGCAGAGCAGGAGCUGGAGGAUCUUGCUGCGGUCGACCUGGAGUGGUCGAAGCCCACCGCAGAAAACUUAGGCCAUGGAAAUUUCGAGUACAUGUCAGCCGUGUGCUGGCUCUUCGGGCGUUACCUGCACGACACUCUGCAGUACCCCAUUGGGCUGAUCUCCUCCUCGUGGGGUGGGACCCCCAUUGAAGCCUGGUCAUCUGGAAGGUCCCUGAAAGCCUGCGGGGUUCCUAAGCAAGGGUUCGUCCCACCCGACUCCGUGACUGGCCCCAGCGAGCACUCGGUUCUCUGGAACGCCAUGGUCCACCCCCUGUGCAGUGUAACUCUGAAAGGCGUGAUAUGGUACCAGGGGGAGGCCAAUGUGAACUUUCACAGAGACCUGUACAACUGCACGUUCCCCGCGCUCAUCGCAGACUGGCGCCAGACCUUCCACCGUGGCUCUCAGGGGCAGACGGAGCAUCUCUUCCCGUUCGGAUUUGUUCAGUUGUCGUCCGUUUUGUCUGGUGCAGCCUCGGAUGACGGAUUUUCCCAGAUCCGCUGGCAUCAAACGGCAGACGCUGGCUAUGUCCCCAACCUGAGGAUGCCCAACACUUUCAUGGCUGUAGCGAUGGAUCUUGGUGACAGGACCUCGCCUUUCGGCAGCAUCCACCCUCGAGAUAAACAGACCGUGGCCUACCGGCUGCACCUGGGGGCCCGCGCUGUGGCCUACGGUGAGAAGCAGCUGACCUUUCAGGGGCCGCUGCCUGAGAAGAUGGAGCUCCUGGCAGACGAGGGGCUGCUUAACCUCACGUAUUCCCAGCGAAUCCUAGUGCAGAAGAAGGAUGACAGGAUAUUUGAGGUCUCAUGUUGUGGUGACCAGCAGUGCACAUGGCUUCCAGCUCCCAUGAACACUUUCUCCACCUGGACGCUGGCCCUGAAUACCAGUUUGUGUUCCGGUGCUGUGGUUGCUGUCCGCUAUGCCUGGACUGCAUGGCCUUGUGAAUAUAAGCUGUGUCCCCUCUACCACCCCAGCAGCACCUUGCCAGCUCCUCCCUUUAUUGCUUUCAUGGCAGACCAGAUGCCUAGAUCUCACAGCAGAGUUGCUAAAUGAUGCUAUAUGACCACAGACAGAAGCAUGGGUUCCUUAGAAAUGGGCAUUUAGUUUAAAUGAGGACAGCACUUGCUUUUAAAGGAAAUUAACAGAAACUUGGACAGUUCCCAGCGAGCACGUGGCUGUUUCUAUAUUUUGAGAUGAGCCAGGGCUGGUAAUGAAAUGCCUGCCUUUUGUCCUCUAGUUCAAGGGUUCCCAACCUCCAGGCCACGGUCUAGUGCCAGUCCUGGCCUGUUAGGAACUGGGCCACACAGCAGGAGGGGAGCUUAAAUGUCAUGCGCUUGAACCAUCUCAAAACCACCCCCCUCCCGUGGAAAAAUUGUCUUCCACGAAACUGGUCCCUGGUGCCAAAAAGGAUGGGAACCACUGCUUUGGUUAGGCUGGUGUCCAUACUGGACUCAUGCCAGACCACAGAUAGAACCUCAGUGUCAUUCACUUCCUCCUCAUCGGGGUGAAACAGCUGGCUGGACCACAAGGCCUUGCGGGUCCUUCCAGCCUCGUUUCCACAAUUCCGGGUGUGGGGGGAGGAAGUGUUCCAUGUUGCACUCCACACCAAAAGCAGUUCUGCUCUUUCGGUCUGAGUAGCGGCAGGGUGAACGCCGAGAGCUAGCAAGGCAGAACCAUGAGUAUGCACCAGGGGAGGUGCGGAGGGCCGGCCUCAGGAACACAGGGAAAAGGUGAGGCCGUGGUAACAAAGACACCUCAGCUGCCAGCAGCAGGUCUGGGGGGAUCACAAGCUUAGAGUGUGACUCUGGAGGUCACUGAUGGGCAAACAGGCCACUACAGUUAAAUAGAAAUCUCAGGCUCUUUAAAGGUAAGAGUUUUAACUAUAAAAAGGAUAGUCCGGAUGGAAGAAUAAAGGGAGGCUGAGAGUAAAGCUAUGUGAUGAGCAUUUAGAAAAAUAACCCUCAUGGGACAAAUGUGAAAAGAGGGCUUUUGUGUGUGCUAAGAAUCAUAUUUAUUGGUUGAUUAAAAAUGGUUAACAGCA